AUGUUCCGUUUCAUAGCCUUAUUUGCUUUGGUUAGCUGUGCUUUCACCGCCUCUAUACCAGAUGAUUUUGAGGGUCGCAUUGUAAAUGGUGUGGACACCACCAUACAAGCUCAUCCUUACCAAGUUUCAUUGCAAACCAACGACGGCUUCCAUUACUGUGGGGCUGCCAUCAUCAGCGAGGACAUCAUUGUUACAGCUGCCCAUUGCAUGCAAAAAUACAAAGCUAACGAAUUUAAGGUACGUCUCGGCUCUACUGAAUACAAUAAUGGUGGUGAAUUGGUUGCUGUCAAGGCCUUCAGGUUCCAUGAAGGUUACAAUGCCAAAACCAAAGAAUACGAUGUGGCUGUCAUUAAAAUGGCUACACCAGUGCGCGAAUCAUCCACCAUUCGUUACAUUAAAUUGGCUGAAAAGACACCAACUACCGGCACAACAGCUGUAGUGACUGGCUGGGGUAGUAAAUGCUUCCUGAUUUGUCUUAAAUCACCCACAGUUUUGCAAGAAGUCGAAGUUGAUAUUGUCGAUGAGCAGCAGUGUGCCUCCAGCGAGUACAAAUACGGCAGCCAAAUCAAAAAAACUAUGUUGUGUGCUUAUGGUAUUAAAAAAGAUGCUUGCCAAGGUGAUUCCGGUGGCCCAUUGGUGGCUGAAAACAGAUUGGUUGGUGUUGUUUCAUGGGGUAAUGGUUGUGGUCGUAAUGGUUAUCCUGGUGUUUACUGUGAUGUCGCUUCCGUACGCAGCUGGAUUGAAAAGACUGCCAGUGAAUUGUAA